AUGAAGUUUCUCGCUAUUGGUGCGCUUCUGCUCAGCACGGUGGGCGCUGUUGCAACGGAGCAUAUUAUCCAGGGUGCUAGCAUCAUCCAGGCCAAGGACAAGUCCGGGUUGCAGAAGAUCGGUGCACAUGGACAUCACAAGCACCCGGAUCGCCGGACAGUGACCAUUCGGUCGUCUAGGAGUGACACGGACGAUAUCUCCGAUGAUUUCCUCUGGGGUAUCAAAGCUGCCAAUCACGGUGGCAGACUUCUUCUGCAAAAGGGGAAGAAGUAUGUUAUUGGAAAGAAGCUAGACCUCACCUUCUUGAAUAAUAUUGAGGUGCAGCUUGAGGGUGAAUUGAAGUUCACCGAUGACAUCGACUACUGGCAAGCAAACCACUUCUACUACAGUUUCCAGAAGUCUAUCACGUUCUGGGUCUGGGGUGGCAAGGAUAUCAAGAUCUUCGGCAAGGGAACUCUCAAUGGUAAUGGCCAGGAGUGGUACAAUGGGUUUGCUGGCCGGGAAAUUCUGGACUCGGACAAUACCUUCUAUCGACCCAUUCUGUUCAUGACUGACAACGCUACUCGAGUGUCCGUCGAGGGGAUCACCCAGCUCAACUCGCCCUGCUGGACCAACUUCUUCGUGCGCUCCAAGGAUGUCUCUUUUGACGAUGUAUUCAUCAAUGCUUUUUCGACCAACGCCUCUGCCUUGCCCAAGAACACCGAUGGCUUUGACUCCCUGAAUGUGGACGGCCUGAGUGUGACUAACACUCGGAUCGAUAUUGGGGAUGACUGCUUCUCCCCGAAGCCUAACACUACCAACAUCUUCGUGCAGAAUCUGUGGUGCAACAACACCCAUGGUGUCAGUAUGGGCAGUAUUGGACAGUACCCCGGAGUUGAGGACAUCAUUGAGAAUGCCUGGAUCGAGAAUGUGACUUUGUUGAACGGCCAGAACGGCGCCCGGCUCAAGGCGUGGGCUGGACCCAACGUCGGCUUCGGUCGCAUCAACAACAUCACCUACAAGAACAUCCGCAUUGAGAAUACCGAUGCGCCGAUCGUGUUGGAUCAAUGCUAUUUCAACAUCAACUCCACCACUUGUACCGAGUAUCCCUCCUCUGUCAACUUCACCAACAUCAAGUUCGAGAACAUCUAUGGCACUUCGUCGGGCAAGAAUGGCAAGGUGAUUGCCGACCUGACCUGCUCUCCCAAUGCCGUGUGCUCCGGUAUUGAACUGGCCGAUAUCGACAUUAGCAGCCCUGCUGGUAGUCCCCCGACCGUGAUCUGCGAUGGAAUCACCGGAGACAUUGGGGUGGAUUGUCAGUCCAGCUCGGCUUGA